AACAUGGAUGACAAGGGCCAGAGAUCAUCGUCUUCUGCAUACUCGCAGCCUCUUUUCAUCCGCCCAGCGAGUAUGCUCACGGAAGGUUGAAAAGGGUCCCCCUUUUUUAACCCUGGAUGAUACGCCCUCGACCGCGUCGCUCGUUCAUCGUAUGUAUCCGGGAACAUUGGCUUUGUCGGUUUUCCAAUUACUUGCUCCUUCGUGGCCUGCGAUGAUAGCUUGAGCUUCUACAUUCUUUCCGACAAACCGGGGAUCUCGUUCGAACACAUGUCGACAUGGCCAUUCUGACCCUCGUUACCUUGAUUGCUUCCGCUUCUUUUGCGAUUGCUUUGCCAUGGAGUGCUGACGGAGCUCUGCCUCGUAGGAGAAACUCUCCUGGCACUGCCAACUCUACGCUAGUAUCGUCGACCGAAUCCCCAACACCUUCAUUAUCCAUAAUUCCGCCUGCCAGCGAAUCCACAUGCUCCGGAAGCGUCUUUCUCUUCGGAUCUGCCCCGAAAACAGUCUACACAACCGUCACCCGCACCUACAUAGUCACCGGUUUCGAGCUUUUUAAAUCUGGGCCGACAUAUGUCACACCUCUUCCGCCAUGCAUCACCCACGAUUGUGGAUCUCAGGGAAAUGGCACCUGCGUCACACAACCAGUCUUCACUCUACCCACUACACUUAUCUCAGUCACAAAGAAAACCACUGUAUUCGAAAUUCCUAGCUCGGUAAACCCGCCGAUGUUUUCUGGCAUAGGCAGCCCUGGAGGACCUACACCACCACAAACGACCGGGGCACCUCAGGAGCCGGGUGACUUUAUGAGCUGGAUUGAGAGUAUGGUUGAAGGAAUGCGUCCAUCCAGUGUACUUCGCGACAGUUCACGAAUUGAGCCCAGCAGCACGCGUCCCGAAAUAACACCCCCGCCCAAUGAUGGAAGGAAAAAUGACGGGAAAGGGGGUACAGAUAGAGUUGAACGGUACAUUGGGCCUGACGGCAAAACAACAUUUAUACUCUCUGGAGUUCCGAUAACCAUCCACGACGACAAAAACACGAUGGUCCUCGCCAUUCCCCAGACUACUAUCACCAUGAAUGACCAUGCAUUGCCCAUGACUCUGGUUGCUAGCCAUUCUAUUCAGCCCGUUGCGCUUACCAUCAAUACAUCCGCGGUUAUUUGCAACGGGACGACGGUCCGUUUAAUACAACCAAAUCCAACAAGAAGCACCGAUGACGAUGCCACAUUGACGGGACACAGUAUAUCAUCAAGCACCCCGUCGGCUGGAACCCGCGGAGGUGGCGCUGGCGGAGAAGGCGAGGAGCUAACGGAUGGUCCGUCCACCCGGUCGCCACCCAGUAUUAAUAGAAACUCGGCCCAACCAACCACGGUCCCAUGUGCAUUGUUAAUUUUAUCUUUGAUUUCGAUAAUGGUAUUAUGUAUCUAAAUGACAGUUUUUCGAUUUUGUUCUCUGUAUAUA